GCGUGGGAUAAAGUAAUUGUUACUGAAGUAUAAAUAUUGUAGGAUAGUCUUCAUUCAGUCAAGAAAGGGCUACCAAGUUAUAAUGUUGAGGUUUGUGGCGCUGUUCUGUGUUGUGGCUCUCGUGAAUGGGCAGACCACGCCAGUCGAUCUAUGUACUGCCAACAGCGGCCUCUUGCCGAUGAACACCUACAUCGAGGGGUGCGACUCUCUGCCCUGUGACUUGCCACAACUUCAGGAUGCUGAAAUCAACAUCAUAUUCAGAGCACCUUGGACCAUCAACAGGAUGAGAACUCUUGCAACAGCGCAUCUCCCGGGCAUGGUCGCUUUACCUUACCCUCUACAAGCAAAUUCCGAAACUUGCAACUUCUUAACGAGCACCAAAUGCCCUGUCAAGAAAGAUGAAAUUGUGCAGUACGCUCUCAAAAUGUUCAUCCAACCAUCGUUCCCAGUGGGAGUUGAAUCCACGAUCGAGUUCAGGAUUAACGACGUCGACAGGAACAGCUCCGUGGUGUGUAUCCGAGUGCCUGUCAGGAUCGUGGGGCCUGUCAACAGCGGGGUCAGAGACAACAAUGUUAACAUUGCUUAGAGUAAUGGAACUAAAGUAUUUGGUGAAACUUCACAAACAAUAAAUGAAUUUUAUGAAA